AGUAUCAAAGUAAGCUGGCUUCCUCCUCCAUCGGGAACACAAAAUGGAUUUAUUACUGGCUAUAAAAUUCGACACAGAAAGACAACCCGCAGGGGUGAGAUGGAAACACUGGAGCCAAACAACCUCUGGUACCUGUUCACAGGACUGGAGAAGGGAAGUCAGUACAGUUUCCAAGUGUCAGCCAUGACUGUCAAUGGCACUGGACCACCUUCCAACUGGUACACAGCAGAGACUCCAGAGAACGAUCUAGAUGAGUCUCAAGUUCCUGACCAGCCAAGCUCUCUUCAUGUGAGACCCCAGACCAACUGCAUCAUCAUGAGUUGGACACCUCCCUUGAACCCCAACAUCGUGGUGAGAGGUUACAUUAUUGGAUAUGGUGUUGGAAGUCCUUAUGCCGAGACAGUGCGCGUGGACAGCAAGCAGCGGUACUAUUCCAUUGAGAGGUUAGAGUCAAGCUCCCAUUAUGUAAUCUCCCUAAAAGCUUUUAACAAUGCAGGAGAAGGCGUUCCUCUUUAUGAAAGUGCCACCACCCGAUCUAUAACAGACCCCACUGACCCCGUUGAUUAUUAUCCUUUGCUUGAUGAUUUCCCCACCUCCGUCCCAGAUGUCUCCACCCCCAUGCUCCCACCAGUAGGUGUUCAAGCUGUGACUCUCACCCACGAGGCUGUGAGAGUCAGCUGGGCGGACAACUCUGUCCCUAAGAACCAAAAAACAUCUGAGGUUCGGCUUUACACUGUCCGGUGGAGGACCAGCUUUUCUGCAAGUGCCAAGUACAAGUCAGAAGACACAACAUCUCUGAGCUACACAGCAACAGGCCUCAAACCAAACACAAUGUAUGAAUUCUCAGUCAUGGUAACAAAAAACAGAAGGUCAAGCACAUGGAGCAUGACUGCACAUGCCACCACUUAUGAAGCAGCCCCGACCUCUGCUCCCAAGGACUUGACAGUCAUUACUCGCGAAGGGAAGUCUCGUGCCGUCGUUGUGAGCUGGCAGCCUCCCUUGGAAGCCAAUGGGAAAAUUACUGCUUACAUCUUGUUUUACACCUUGGACAAGAACAUACCAAUUGAUGACUGGAUUAUGGAAACAAUUAGUGGUGAUCGGCUUACCCAUCAAAUCAUGGAUCUCAACCUUGACACCAUGUAUUACUUUCGAAUUCAAGCACGAAAUUCAAAAGGAGUGGGACCCCUUUCUGAUCCCAUCCUCUUCAGGACUCUGAAAGUGGAACACCCUGACAAAAUGGCUAAUGAUCAAGGUCGUCAUGGAGAUGGAGGUUACUGGCCAGUUGAUACUAAUUUAAUUGAUAGAAGCACUCUCAAUGAGCCACCCAUUGGGCAGAUGCACCCACCACAUGGCAGUGUCACCCCUCAGAAGAACAGCAAUCUACUGGUGAUCAUCGUAGUCACCAUUGGCAUCAUCACAGUGCUGGUUGUGGUGAUUGUGGCAGUGAUUUGCACUCGGCGCUCUUCAGCCCAGCAGAGAAAAAAACGGGCCACCCACAGUGUGGGCAAAAGGAAAGGCAGCCAGAAGGACCUCCGACCCCCUGAUCUUUGGAUCCAUCAUGAAGAAAUGGAAAUGAAAAAUAUUGAGAAGCCAUCAGGCACUGAUUCUGCAGGAAGGGACUCCCCCAUCCAAAGUUGCCAAGACCUCACACCAGUCAGCCACAGCCAGUCAGAAACCCAACUGGGGAGCAAAAGCACCUCCCAUUCAGGGCAAGACACUGAAGAAGCCGGGAGCUCCAUGUCCACUCUAGAGAGAUCGUUGGCUGCACGCCGGGCCACGCGGGCCAAGCUCUUGAUUCCCAUGGAGGCCCCGCCCAGCAAUCCUGCUGUUGUGAGUGCUAUCCCUGUGCCAACCCUAGAAAGUGCCCAGUACCCUGGAAUCCUUCCGUCUCCCACCUGUGGAUACCCCCACCCGCAGUUCACUCUCCGGCCUGUACCAUUCCCAACACUGUCAGUGGACCGAGGUUUUGGAGCAGGAAGAAGUCAGUCAGUGAGUGAAGGACCAACCACCCAGCAGCCGCCCAUGUUGCCCCCAGCUCAGCCCGAGCAUCCCAGCAGUGAGGAGGCACCAAGCAGAACCAUCCCCACGGCCUGUGUCCGACCAACUCAUCCACUCCGCAGCUUUGCUAACCCUUUGCUACCUCCACCAAUGAGUGCAAUAGAACCGAAAGUCCCUUACACACCGCUUUUGUCUCAGUCAGGGCCUACUCUUCCUAAGACUCAUGUUAAAACAGCCUCUCUUGGGUUGGCUGGAAAAGCAAGAUCCCCAUUGCUUCCUGUGUCUGUGCCAACAGCCCCUGAAGUGUCUGAGGAGAGUCACAAACCAACAGAGGAUCCAGCCAGUGUGUAUGAACAGGAUGAUUUGAGUGAACAAAUGGCAAGUCUGGAAGGGCUAAUGAAGCAACUUAAUGCCAUCACAGGCUCGGCCUUUUGAUACCUACUGCCGAAUUGUGGAGGUGAAUUUUCUGGGAAUUUUGCAGCAUACCAAUUACCCAUAAACAGCACACCUGUGUCCAAGGACUCUAACUGGUAUACAGGACCACUCAGUCAAGGAAGGUCUGAAGCAGUUCAGAAGGAAUAAGCAUCCGUUCCUUUGUAGGCAUCAAGAAUUGUACAAUGAUGACUAUGAGGUCCCUAAACAAAAGCAAUGAUGCAUCUUUCUGCUAAGUCAAAGUUGAAGCUGC